CCUCAUCUAAAUUUCCGGGGGUUGAACUUCUACCGGGAGGUUCACUUGUUGACUUAGAAUAUGCCGAUGACAUAGUUUUAUUUGGUGAAGACGCUGACAAAAUGCAGAGUCUUCUGACCACUCUAAGCAACAAUGCAAGCAUGUUCGGGAUGCGAUUCUCUCCCUCGAAAUGCAAAAUGUUGCUUCAGGAUUGGGUUACAUCGACACCCGAACUAGUGAUAGGGAGUGAAGUAGUUGAGUGUGUCGACCGCUUCACUUAUCUUGGAAGUCUCAUCAGCCCUUGUGGUCUGGUGUGUGACGAAAUCUCAGCACGGAUACAGAAGGCUCGACUAGCUUUUGCCAACUUGCGUCACUUAUGGCGUAGGCGAGAUAUCCGUCUGUCAACCAAAGGACGUGUUUACUGCGCAGCAGUUCGUUCCGUCCUACUUUAUGGCUGUGAAACAUGGCCGGUAAGAGUAGAGGAUAUUCGUAGGUUACUAGUAUUUGAUCAUAGGUGUCUUCGAAGUAUUGCUCGUAUAUCCUGGGACCACCGAGUAAGUAACGCAGCUGUUAGGAAACGGGUACUAGGUAAGGAUGGCAAAUCAAUUGAUGAAGUAGUGAAACUUCAUCAGUUGAGAUGGCUGGGACACGUGUUACGUAUGCCCAACCACCGACUGCCUCGACGUGCUAUAUUCAGUGGUAUAGGAGUAGGUUGGAAGAAAGCUAGGGGCGGCCAGACCAAAACAUGGCACAAAUCCAUGAAGUCACUGACAAGUGGACUGAGUCAUGUUGGUAGGUGUAGACUACCUGGUUGGGGACCGCGAGAUGAUAGCAACCGAUGGUUAGAGACCCUGAAUGACAUGGCUCAAAAUCGUUUGCAAUGGCGCAGGUGCAUCCACUCUCUAUGUUCUCCCAAAUUCUAGUUAUCUGAAUUCUUCAUGCCCCUUUUUUUUCCUCUUUCCAAAUUUAUUUCACUGGAUUAUACUCGUUAAAUAACAUCUCCAAACCCUAAUCUUCCCGAUUACUGCUUAUACUCUUGCUACC